CGGAGAGACACCGACUGAGAUUAUUGAGAGCCGCGCAUUCUAAGUUAUUCAGUUAUUCUAUGACCCGUUCAUUGGGCUACUGCUGAACGACUGUUACUUCAUGGGAUAAACCACUUGGUCAUUUCCGUCACUCUUCCCCUUCCUCUUCACUUUCUGCACGGCGCUCCAAUUACUCCGAUUCAACCAUAACCAUGGCGGCGCAGGCGGCUCUCAUCGCUGAUACGAUUGUUGGUAUGAAAAGGGCGUUACGUAAAGAGAACGAUUUCUCAGGGCCUGAUGAUCCAAUCGCUCAGCCAACUAAUCGAGGCAACAAACUACGGGCAAACGCAAAACAUGUGCGUGAGGGCGCGCUAGGGUAUAUCCAGCCGGGUAAUCUUUACAAGCAGAAAAUUGAACAUGCUGGGUACACACGUUAUAUAAUCCAGUCUAAUCCCGUGCGCUAUGACUCGGAGGGGGAUGAGCUUGAUGAGGAUGAUGAAGACUCCGAGGCAGAUGCGGCUGCCGCGGAUGAAAAUCCGUUUUCUGAAAUUGCUCUGGAAAAUUCUCUAUGCCCUUUAAAACAUCCAUCGGAAUUACCUACUCACCCUUCCUUAUCCCAUGCCUAUACCUCCCCCGCUCUUUUGAGUAUGACCAAGGCAAUUGAGGGCAAGCUACGCCAGGAGCGAGCUCUUCUGUGGCGCGCGCGGAAUCUCCACAGGCUGUUCCUUGGUGACAGCUCUUGGAUGCCAUGUGGAACAGUAGAGACCCCCGAAGACAGAUUGAUUUUCGAGCCCCGGCUUUUUGCCACGGGCCACAGAUUCCUAACUGGACAAAACGGCGUUGUCCGCCCCUCAACUGCAACAGAAAUUAAUGGUCAAAAUCAUACGAUCCAGGAAGUCGGUCUGGUUGCUGAUAUAUCGAAAGAAGUCCAGUCAUUUGUAAAUGAGGAUGUUCCGGGUUAUUUCGAGAGAGACGUUGAAAGGACCGGUAUUCAAAACCAAGGGAUAGAGAGUAGGGGUCAUGCAAAUGAUGAAGAACAGACAGAAGAACAGACAAGAGAACCAAAAUCAGAAGAAGUCGAGACACCCGUUGGAAACCUUCCACAGCAUCCAGACACGACUGGAACACGAGCCAAUGGCAACAACACAACAAAUUCACACUUGGAACACAAUCAAAUGCCCGACUCGGACGGGCUCCGCAGAGGUAAGAAAGAGGAUGUGAACGAGCAGACUAUCGCGUGUAGCGGGAAUACCGAUAAGAACUGUGAGGGCUGCAACGAUGCCCUGGGAGACGAAAUGGAUAGAGAUGAAGGGAUACAGGAGGGGUUCUCUCCUGAGCCACCCCGUCGGAUGACGACUCGAGCUCAGGCCAAUGCAGCGAACCCACAGGAGGACGAAGCAGGCAACCUCUCAUCACCCCCUUCCUCUGACACCCUCAGCUCACUUCCUUUGCCACACCCUCUCUACCUCGUUCCUGACUCUAUCCGUCCAGACCCCAAUCUUGGUUUAUCGCCCAUAGAAGCUGAAGAUACACGACGACUUCUGUGGUCAUAUGUGCAGAAACAGGAGGAGACUGUCCGGGGAUUUGAGCACAUGUUGGAAUGCCUGCUCCGAGCUUGCCGUAUGAAGGAUGAUGUGCUCGAAUCAUGCAAAGCAGAAGGACAUGUGGGUGAGAUGAGCGAUGGAGAAGACUGGUAUGAUCGUGAAAAAUGGGGACUUGCGGAAGGGGAGGACCUUAAAAAAGGUGCGGACGAGGAUGAGAUUGAGAUGGUCGAGGAAAGCCGCGCAUCGAAUAAAAGGGGCAGGGGCAGGAGAGCAUAAAUUGGGAGAAAUUUAUUGUUUUUACGGCGCCUAGCCAUCAACGACGCCCACACGGAUCUGUAUCCCGGAGUUUGCUGAGUAUUCAAGAUUUAAGCUGAGAGAAAGCUUUUUGGCAGUCAGCAGCUACUGCACGAUCCCCUGGAUUUGGAUGAGAUACGAAACAUCAAUUUCGUUUUUCUUUUUUUUUCAUUAUUUGUUUGAUAGUUAUCCCAGGAGUUCAAGGCGUCGCGAAUGAUAUCCGUGCUUCAUCUUAUCGAGAAUAGGUAUAAAAAAG